AGAAAAUUUAAAAUUCAUAAUUUCAAAAAUCCCUGUCCCAAUUUCAGCCGCUCGUCUUCCCCGAUACUCUUCCAUUCCAUUCUCUGCUGCUACGGUAACUGUCACUCCUAGCAAGUUACAGACAGCGAGAAAGAGUACAACAGAACAGGGGCGAAGAAAGAGAUUAAGAUAACACUAACAGAGCGACAAGGAAAAUAAAAAAUGGUGUUGCACUGUGGUACAUCGAUACUGAUUACCAAACCCUUGUUAACCUUCACUCAUUGUCGCAAACCCAAACCUAAACACCAAUUUUCACGAAAACCAUCAAAAUUCAGUUGCCUUGUAGCCAAUAUUGGGGUUGAUGAUAUUGUUCAACUCGCCCAUAACAAGGUGCUGGUGGCAGCUGCUGCAUCAGCAGCAAUUGGGCAGCUCUCAAAGCCGUUCACUUCUGUUCUUCUUUAUGGAAAAGAUUUUGAUUUCAAAACUGCUUUUCAAGCUGGAGGCUUCCCUUCUACCCAUUCCUCUUCUGUUGUGGCUGCUGCAACUAGUCUGGCUCUUGAAAGGGGUUUCUCUGAUUCAAUUUUCGGGGUGACGCUGGUCUACGCAGGCCUUAUCAUGUAUGACGCUCAGGGGGUGCGAAGAGAAGUAGGCAAUCAUGCAAGAGCACUAAAUACAAUGUUACCCAAGGUAGAGGUUAAUUCAGUUGUCUAUGAGGAUCGAGAUAACUUGAUUGAUUCCCGAGAAAAAAGUUCCGAGAGGCUUGGCCCUAUAUUAUCCAAGAAAUCAAGUUCUUCAACUUCAAAAAAUGCGAAUGUUCCAGUAUUAAUUGCUUCUGAGAAAGAAACAAGGCAAACUAAAGAGGCAGCAGCAUCGUUUGAGUUUGCAGCAAAUGAUUAUGCAGGUUUAGAAGGUGAUGCCAAUUAUAGUCAAGUUCGACUGAAAGAAUCGAUCGGACACACAGAGGUUGAAGUCAUAGCGGGGGCAUUAUUAGGUUUUGUGGUAAGCUUGGCAGUAUAUUCGAUAAUUACGUGACAUUAUACGUUUUAUGUCAUAUAUAUAUUGCACAAUAUUCUUUAUUGAAAAGAAAAGGAAUUCUUUUAGCAAAGUUGGGUGUUCCAAAUUAGCAAAGAGGGAGACAGAUAGGUUAGUCCAAAGUUAUAUUGUAUACAAAACCCCCUUUGUAUACUUUCUGAAUUACACAAUGCAGAAAACUUGUAGAAAUCAGACUUUGCAAGCUCUAAUAUGUUAUUCAGUAUUUUGUGUAAAA